AUGGCUUCCGCAGUAAAGACCAUCGUCGCCACUGGCGUUUCUUCAGGCCUGGGACUUGAAGCGCUCAAGCAACUCCUCCAGGCGCCGCAAACCUACCGUGUAGUCACGGGCGCCAGGAACACGUCCGGCCUGGAGCAGUCGCUCAAAGACAUCAGCUUUGAGUCCGCCAACAAGGUCGACGUGCUUCCCCUGGACCUUGCCGAUCUCAAAGGCACAAAGACAUUUGCCGAAGACGCGCUACGCAAGAUUGGCGAUGCCAAGAUUGACUAUCUCUUCCUCAACGCCGCCAUUACGAACCCUGCUGUAGCGAACCCGCGUGGCUACCGAUGGUGCGAGUCGGCUGUGGUCAACCAUGUUUCUCAAUUUUAUCUUGUGCAUCUUUUGCGUGAGAAGCUGGUCGCGUCCAAGUCGCGCAUCGUAUUUGUGUCUUCGGGCGCCGUGACAUCUGUCUCUGACACCAGCGGACUGGAGGAUGCAUUGAAAUCCGGAUCCGGCACCGGAGAGAUGCAAUUGUAUUCCUUGACCAAGUUUGCUCAGCUGCUCGGCGCGCACUGGUGGCGUCGUGAGCUCAAAGGUGUCUGCGACGUCGUCGCCGUCUCCCCUGGCCUCGUUCCCGGAACGGGGCUUGGUCGUGGCAGCGGCAUCAAGCUGCCCACAGGAUCCCCCGAUGCCAAGACAGUCCCGCAAGGUGCUCAAAGUAUGCUUGCUGCUCUUACGCGGUCAGACUUCCCUGAAGAUCCCGAUCGCAUCUUUCUGACCAGCUGGGGCGAGUGGUGGGACAAGUCUGUCUUUGAGAAGUCGUUGGACAAACAGCUACAGGACAAGUGGUCGUUUUCCAAGGAGGACAUUGAGAAGGAGGCAGGGAUCUCGGUAUAA